AUGGUGUACUUGAAAAGGGAUGGACGCGGGCAGUUGCUGUUGAAGGCAAUGUCGGAUGGUCGAGUGAUGAUCACCCAGGAAAGGAUCAAUCCGGACCUGACAAUCCCUGAAAUGCUGGUGUACGAAGGUAUGGAUGAAGUGUACAAGUUGACGUUCAAUGUAAUUCCGCUAGAUAUGUCAAAGAAUUUUAGGCUGAUAAAUGAAAUCUGA